GAGAAGAUGUGAAAGUGUUUCCGGAAGGUUGGGAGAGACUUCCAAGCGAGUUGGAACUCGGAGAGCGUUGGGUUGCCUCCGUAGUCAGAUAGUCUGGUGGUUAAAAUCGGGAAGAGUUGAAUUUUGGCAGAGAGGCGGAGACUCAGAGUAGGCGGCUCCGUGUUGGUGCUGCGUGUCAAGCCGCGGCUGCAGCUUCAGCGACAGCAGCAGCAGCAGCAGCGGCACUUUCUUGCAGCAACCCAGCACCAGGCGCCGCUGUGCAGGUGCUGCUCCGGGAUGCGCCGGGCUGGCUCGCUUUGCAGAGCGCGCGCCCCGCGCUCCGCCCUGUGCUCCGACUCCCCGGAGAAUAGCGCCCGGAGAGGUUAAUGUGCUUUUGUGAUGCUGCCUCGGGGGCGGGAGAGGCUCUGUCCUUCCUUGUUCUAUCCACCUGCUCGAUGAAAACGCUUUGAUCCGAAAUGACAGGGAAGCAUGGAAGAUAACUACAUGGAAAAGAAACUUCAGGGGAGCAAAAAAAGUCCUUCCCAAAGAGAAAUCCCCAUCCCACCAGCUGCGCUGCUGCUGCUCGUCAUGGUCCUUAUGAACAUCCUUCUCUAUCUCUACCUGGACCAUGUUUUCGUUUCUCCUCCGCCCUCUGGCGUGGAGUCCCGUCAGUGCCCCUAUGGUACCUUCCGUAUGGGACAGAUGAAAAAUUGUACCCCUUGGCUGUCGUGUGAAUCCCUGAGAACAGGAGUCAGGAAGCUGAAACGUGUUGGGGAAGGAGCUGUGAAAAGGGUCUUUCUUUCUGAAUGGAAGGAACAGAAAGUUGCUCUUUCCCAGCUCACCAGUCCAGAGAUGAAAGACGAUUUCCUUCAUGGUGUGAAGAUGCUGAAAUCCUUGCAGAGCGAACAUGUUGUCACGCUGAUUGGCUAUUGUGAAGAUGAUGGCACUCUUCUUACUGAGUAUCAUCCCUUGGGGACUUUGAAGACCCUGGAAGAAACAUUAAACCUUCCUAAAUAUCAAAGCCUGAACACCUGGCAUCACAGAUUGAAACUGGCAAUUAACUAUGUAAAUAUCAUUAACUAUUUACACACCAGUCCCCUGGGUACGUUGGUCAUGUGUGACUCGAAUGACUUAGACAAAAUGCUUUCUCAGUACUUGUUGACGAGCAGUUUUAAUAUUGUGGCGAAUGACCUCGAUGCCUUGCCUGUUGUCAACAAGAAUAACGGGACCCUGAUCAAGUGUGGCCACCGGGAACUUGUGGGGGAAUUUGUAGCCCCUGAGCAACUGUGGCCUUAUGGAGAGGAAACACCGUUUGAAGAUGAACGCAUGCCGCCGUACGAUGAGAAGACAGACAUCUGGAAGAUACCCGAUGUCUCCAGUUUUCUUCUGGGGCACGUGGAAGGGAGUGAUGUUGUCAGGUUCCAUUUGUUUGAGAUCCACCAGGCAUGUAAGAAGAAGAAUCCAGAGGAAAGGCCUUCAGCCCAGGUGGUCCUAGACACUUACCGAAAGGUUCUAAAUUCUCUUAGAGACACAGUCAUGCCUGGGGUAAGAGAAAUGUUGUGAAAACGAGCCUAAUCAGUGAGAGGUGGGCCCUGGUGAUCUAAUGGAAAAAUACAAGCUGCUUUUCUUAGCUGACAUUUUUUGUCUUUGUUGUGGUUUUCUUAGGCAGCAUUCAGGUGAUUGCUUUCAGUCAUCUCCUUGUAACCAUUGAGCUGAUAAAUAGUAAAAUCUGGGGGGAGACACAUACAUAGAAGACAUGGAAAGGACACUGCAUUUAGAGUCAGUGCCUCUGGUUUCCUGGGUUCAAGUUCUGGUUCUACCACUUAGCAGAUUUGUGAUAUUAGUCAGGUAAGUCAUGUUACCUCUUCUGGACCUCAGAUUCCUUAUCUGUAAAAUGAAGGGGUUGGGCAAGGUGACCUCUGUAAGGUCUGUUUCCUGUUUUAAAUCUGUUGUCUUUGGAUCCUAUUUUAAAUCUAGCUUCCAAUGCCUUUUUCAAAUAACCUUCAUAGGGGAAGAACAAGGGACUUAUGCCAUACCUAAGAGGUAGACCCCUGAAGGAAAGAAAACAGAGCAGCAAAGAGUCUUAGAUAACCUGGUCUUGACUAUAAUUGAAUUUAUAAAAAUCAUACUAACUUAAUCACAACUUAACAUUGUUAUGUGGAGGUCACUCUGGGUUCUUAAAAUUGAGGCCACCAAGUAGCAUGUUCUGAUUGGUCCUACAAAGCCAGAAGGGCCUCAAGGGUGGAUGUAGGAAUGGACUCUAUGUGUUUGUACACUUAAAAGAUAAACUGUUCAUUCCCAUCAUAGAAUGUUGGUAGUUAGGUAAUGAUUUGGGGAGGAAGAAGGAAGGGCUGGGAGGAGGGGCAAUGGUAAUUCACGAAUGGAUUAGGAGAUAAAAUGGCCUUCUCUCCCCCCUGACCCCCUUCCUUUUCCUUCUGUCAGAAAAAAGGAGGCAAAAAUUUCGAUGAAUCACACAGUCUUUAUACCAUCUAUUAAUGUUUAAGUUAUUCAUUGGUAUUUCCAAUGUAUAAUUGAAAAAGAAGGUGGUUUAGAGCAAGAAGCAACUGAUGGUGGACAGACAGUUCAUGUGCUCCAUUAGUCUUCUUGGGAUGUUAAGUGAAUAAGAUGAAGGCCCCCAGCAUAUCCUGUGUACCCUAAUUCCCUAUGGAGACUUUAUGGGCAGACACAGACAAGAGCCAUACAAGAUGGCCAUCCACGGAUGGAUUGAGAUCUGCAUUGCUGGAGGGAGUAUUCACAUUGGAGUUUUGGAGUACUUUAUGUGAUAUUAGUCCAAAGACCUAACUGACACACUGCCACAGGAAUGGAACCAAAGCCAUUUCGAUAUUCUCACUCUUAAGCGAAACCAGUUGUAGAGAAGUAGCAGUUUUCACCCUAAGGCUCACGAUCAUAGGACGGUUGUUCAUGGGACAUUUGGGCACCUGUCCUUGCAUUGUCCCCCAAAGACUACAGAUGAACAGAUCACUCCUGAGGUGAUUUCCACUCAAGCGUCAGCACCCAUUGCAUAGGAGGAAGGAGUUGUAGAAGUGUAAGAACUGUUUAUGUUGAAGAGGGUUGGUUUUUUAUUCCCUAGAUCAGAGGUUCCCAAACCUAUUUGGCUUACCACCCUUUAAAAAUAAAUUACUCAGCAACCCCCUGGAAAUCUACUUUCUUUAACCCUAAAUUUAAUGGCUUUUGAAAUUUGCAUCAUUUCAAAAAAUAAAUUUUUUUUUCAAAAAAUGACAUCUUAAAUUUAAUAAUUUAUUGUAAAUUUGUGGUUUUUUCCUGCAUUGAAAUUUUGAUGACACAAUAUUGCAUCAUGUAACUUUAGAGUCUCAUAUUGUAAACAAGUCAUUACAUGCAUGUAUGCAUGCUGAACCUCCUGACAAUGCGCAACAUGCUCAUCUGCCAACACUUGCUUAUUAAGACUGUCAGCAGACUUGACUACUGACUGGUUAUAACUUGCAUUUUGUAUGUUUGUUUGGAAAAUAAUGUUGACCACUACAAUUUUAACUCUGUUACACAACAGAUGAAAUGUGUACAAAUGACUUUUCAAAAUUUUCUUCUCUUCUUUCCUUAUGCUUCCACUGCCCCCUUAUUUUUAUUCCAUGCCCCCGAAUUGCACCUGGGGUUACUACCACCCCUCUGGAUUGUUCCAGCGCCCCCCAGGGGGCAGUAUCGCCCACUUUGGGAACCUAUCAUGAAAAGAACAUUUCCCUCCAAUAUUUUCCUUUUAAUGGCAAUAAAGUUGGAGUCACCAGAGCAUGUUCACCCGUCACUUGGGCUGAUUUAAUCAAGUCACAUAUAGCUCUUGUGCUCUCUCCCUCUCUCUAUAUAUGAUAUGUACAUAUAUGUUACAAUUUUUAUAUAUUUGUUAAGAGGGCUAUCAUAAUAUCUUCUUUCUUGGUCAGUGAAAUAGAACUGUUACCAAAAGCUGAUAAGUUUUUCAAAGUAAAAGGGAAUGGAAAUAUUUUAACCCUAAAUCCUGGAGAGCUCAAUGGUGCUGCUGCCCUGCUCCCCCCCCCACCCCCCGCCCCAUGCUUCUAAAACCACUGCUCUUAGAGCUGGGUUCUGAAUUGUCCCAAAUGACCUGCUAUGACUAGUCACCAAGAAUGACAAGUCAAUUACUGUCUUAUUUACCAGAAGAAAUGGAGUGGUCCAUUAGACUUGACUAAAUAAAAUCUUUAAAGGAUCAUUUUCCAUGGGUCCAUCCUCUCUCUUUCAUUGGAUGGGAUAGUUAUUCUCAUUCCUAUUAAUGAUUAUUAAUCAAGGAGUUUAAGCUGCUUUCCCAAGUUGGAGAUCUGCAGAGUUAGAGAUGCAUCGAUACAGGCUUUGUUCUCCUGCACCAAGUCUGAAAUUAAUACCAAGCAAAGGGGUUUCAGGUCCAGGAGAGUAGGUUCUGUCUGUUACUUCAUCUGUAAAAUGAGGGUGUUAGACUCCAUGACCUUUACAUUUCCUUCUAGCUCCAAAUCUAUGAUCCUUUGACAUUCACCUAAGAUGAUACUACCUCCUGACUCUCACCAAUGGCAAGUGCCCAAAUCCUGUGCAACGGAUUGACUGGGCCACAGUAGAUAUGAGGACGUGCCUGCCAAAAGUACAUAGGUGUACAUUUUAUAUGUUAAAAGACAUCACCACCAGUCACUGUAUCCAUUCCACUUAGUUCUAGAUGGAAUCGCCCUCAGGUAUCUCAAUUUGAUUUUACCAAUGGUAUGUAAUUUAAUGUAUUCAAUGUUGUAAUUUUUCCCUGGUCAUUUCUGUCACUAUAAAGGCAGUGCUUUCUGUUCUUAACAUUCAGACUUUUCUACUCAAGUAAAAUUGUCAAGCUUCACACUUGUGAGUUUUAAAAUAUUACAAAUAAAGGAGAGACUUUUCCCCCUUC